CUUCAGCAGUGAGUCUACAGCUGCGCUGGAGAAGGGUGUUACGUGGAGAGAGUCUGCCUCUCCCAAAGCGCGGCUCAAACUUUCAACGCUGCAUUCUUGACUUCCACAAAGCUUUCUCUCUAUUAAACUUUAUAUAGAAGCGGGAUACAUUUUAAUCAACAACUGUGGAAAAUAUAUUUACAGUCAUGGAGCAACGUGGAUUUUCCUUACUUUGGUGGGGCACGAUACCUUUCCUGUUUAUAUCCGUUCUGGAACCGAGCAGAGUGGAUGGGAUGUUCCCGCCGUCCUUCAGUCUGAAGAAGUUGUGUAAGUUCUGUGAUGUGGAGUCUUCAUCCUGCAAUGGGACAGGAAGCUGCCUCUCUAACUGUUCCAUCACCGCUAUCUGUCCCCAGGAGGAGGAGGUCUGCAUCGCCAUCUGGAGGAAGAAUGAAGGUAACUACAGCAUUGAGACUCUGUGUCAUGACCCCUCCAAGCCUCUGUACGGUGUUGAACUGGAUGACUACAACAGUUCUAUGUGUGCCAUGAAGGAGAAGAAGAGCUCUGGAGGACCAUUCUUUAUCUGCUCCUGUACUGAAGAGGAGUGUAAUGAUAACCUGUCCUUCACUCCCAUGGUGGGCACGACCAUCGAGUCGCCGGUGGUACCAGUCAUCCUGGUCAGCCUGCUACCCUUACUGAUGCUGGCGGUGGUAGUCAUCGGCGUGUUCUACUGGUACCGAGUCCACCGCCAACGCAAACUCACCCAGGAGCAAUGGGACAGCAAGAAGCCCAAACGCAAGGGCAAAGGUCUGGACUGCAGUGAUGCCUGUGCUAUCAUGAUGGACGACGAUGGAUCAGACAGCAGCUCAACUCAUGCCAACAACCUCAACCACAACACUGAACUCCUACCCAUUGAGCUGGACCUGCAGGUGGGUAAGGGGCGCUUCGCUGAGGUGUACAAGGCCAAGCUGAGACAGCCCGGCUCCUCGGCGGACCAGUUUGAGACGGUGGCCGUGAAGAUCUUCCCUGAGGAGGAGUAUGCGUCAUGGAAGAAUGAGAAGGACAUCUUCUCUGACAUCGACCUUCGCCACGACAACGUCCUCCACUUCCUCACAGCAGAGGAGAGAAAGAUGUCGAAUCAGUACUGGCUGAUCACAGCCUUCCACCCCAGGGGGAACCUUCAGGAGUACCUGACCCGCAACCUGGUCUCCUGGGAGGAUCUGCGAGGUCUGGGGGGGUCCCUGGCCUGCGGGGUGGCCCACCUUCACAGUGACCACACGGCCUGCGGGCGGCCCAAGGUGCCCAUCGUCCACCGCGAUCUGAAGAGCUCUAACAUCCUGGUGAAGCAGGAUCUGACCUGUUGUCUGUGUGACUUUGGACUGGGACUCAGACUGGAUAAUACCCUGACAGUGGAUGAUCUAGCAAACAGCGGACAGGUGGGCACAGCCAGGUACAUGGCUCCUGAGGUGCUGGAGUCCAGGCUGAACCUGGAAAACAUUGAGUCGUUCAAGCAGACAGAUGUCUACUCUAUGGCUCUGGUGUUGUGGGAGAUCACCUCCCGCUGUCAUGCCAUCGGAGAGGUGAAGGACUAUGAGCCUCCGUAUGGUUCUAAGGUUCAGAUGCACCCUGGUGUGGAGAGUAUGAAGGACCACCUCCUCAGAGACAGAGGAAGACCUGAGAUACCAGACAGCUGGAUCAAUCACCAGGGCAUAGCCAUAGUGUGUGCCUCCAUAGAGGAGUGUUGGGACCACGACCCGGAGGCCAGGCUCACAGCCCAGUGUGUGGCCGAACGCUUCAGUGAUGUAGAAGAUGAGAUGGACAAACUGUCCAGCCGCAGCAGCUCUGACGAGAAGAUACCAGCAGAAGAACAGAAGAUACCAACAAUACCUGAAGAAGAACGACAGAUCAUAGCAGAACAGAAAGAAGAGGACAAAGUACUGGUGGAGUGCUCUGUGAGCGAUGAGAAGUUAGAGGAGGGAGAGAGGACAUGGAACUGAGGACUAGAAUGGCAGCAUGUCACACAUAGCACUCAUGUUGCUAUGGGAACUAAGAAGCCCAACCCAAACAAACAGCCCAAAACUGGAAGAUAGCCAGGACAGUGGAUGUACUGUACUGUAUUACUGUACUGUACUGCUGUACUCUGCUGUAUUGUAUUGUACUACGAGAAUGCAUACAGUAUUUAUACUGUGUAAGAUAUGUAUGUACAGUUUACAGUAUUUGGAUGUACUCUACUGUAUUAUAUUGGAGGUUUCCCACUGAAGAUAGCUCUCCCUUUGACUGAGAGGCCUGGACAUGACAAUGGAAGAGCUUAUAACCAAAGACAAUAGCACUUUAUCUAACAUGUUGGGGUAGUGGGUUAAUGAUCCUGUAUUCUAACAUAUUGAGGGAGUGGGUUAAUGAUCCUGUAUUCUAACAUGUUGGGGUAGUGGGUUAAUGUUCCAGUAUUCUAACAUGUUGGGGGAGUUGGAUAAUGUAACGAUAGGUAUGUGUAAUAAUGUAAUAAUGAGCCAUAUAUUAACAGAAAUGUUUCUGUAACACUGAUAAUGACGUGGAGCUCUAUUCACACAAGCAGGUAUUCAAAGGAUUGUAUAUACAGUGUGCGUGUGUGUGUGUGUUGGUGCCUACGUUUGUGUGUGUGUCUGCAUUCGUGUGUGUGUGUGUGAACGUGCGUGUGUGUGUGUCUGCGUUCGUGUGUGUGUUUUUACAUAGUAAUAGUUUUGACUUGUUUGCCAAAUAAACAAGCACAUUGUAAAUAUAUAAGGAAUGUAACUGUACAGAAAAUAAUCUCCACUCUAGAUGUUGGUGUGGAGGCAGAGGAUCAUUUUACACACUCUGUCUAAAUAACAGAUUUAAGAGGAUCUAGCCAAAGAUAUUUUAUCCUUUUGUAUUUGUAAGAUAUUGUAAAUGUGUUUGUGAAUAAAGUAUUUCUGUAUUUACUCUAA